ACGAACAGUCUGUGGUGAUUGCCGGUGCCUGAAGCAUGAAAAUGUGCUUGUCCGUGAAUCUCUUGAGUGUUUCAUCCAAUAUUGCUCAUCUACAGUUUCUUCCGUACACACAAAACGGUCAAUAGUGAAGUUAUUUUAGAGUGUGUCACUCAAAGGUUUAUUAAUUGGCCAAAUGGAAUCUCCUCCAAAUAAUUCAGUGAAAAGGUUUUGCUUUUUUUGUUUUUGAGAGUGAAAUUUUUCAGGAAGUCUCAAAAUGUGUUAUAGUCUGAGAAAGUUGUUGUUCCCGUCUUUUACCAUCAGACAAUCCACACUAAAAAUGCAGUAUCAAAUUUCACUGGUUGAUUAAAAUAAUCUCUGUGUUAACGAGGAAGUGUUAAAAUAUCUCAUAAAUUUUGUUGGAAUUAUAUCCGAUAUAAUAUUUAUUAAAAUGUGUAAUUUGAAUUGAUAUUGUGUUGCAUGUUGCAUUAAGAAAAAUGAACUUCAUUUAGUGCUUCGAGGAGAAUUUUGAUGACUUUGACAUUCUUUUAAAUAUGGGAAACUUUAUUGAGUGGAUACCAACACAAAGAACACUUAAAAUGUCAUUUGCAUUAACUCUGGCAUUUCUAUAAAGAUUUUCAGUGAAUUUAAGGAGUUUUAUGUGAAGAAUCAAGAAAUUGCAAAAGGAUUAUUCAACUAAAAAUCGUCCAAUUUUUUCUCCAAAAAAAUACAUUUUGUUUGUGCUUUUAAUGUGAAAUGAUGAUUUUCUGUGUGGACUCUGUGUUGCAGGAGGAAAUGUUGAGAAAACUUGUGGAGCGAUAAAAAUACUAGAAAAUGGUGUAUAGUUUAAAGAGGAAGAGACGUAUGAUUGUGGUGUAAUAAAGACGAUAUAUUUUGUUAUUAUUGUUGUUGUGUUGUUGGGAUGAAAAAGAAAAAGAUGUCAGUGCCACGAACUUAUAGUGGACGUCUCAUGUCCGAACAUUAUUACUUCACAAUUCCAGAACUGGAACAGAUGGAUGGUAUGGCCAGUGAAGUGAAGAAGAUGAACAAGACGAUGUCACUUGAAGCGGAAGCAUCAACAGACAUGACAACAUUCGAUGAUCACGCGGAAGAGAAGCGUCGAUGGCAAGAAUAUUGGAGUUGUGAACAAAGUAUUAUUGGGGCCAGAGCUUCGGUGAUGGUGUAUGAUGAUAUGAACAAAAAAUGGAUACCAUCGGGAAGUUCAUCGGGACUGAGCAAGGUGCAGAUAUAUCAUCAUCAGCAGAACAACACAUUUCGUGUGGUUGGGCGCAAAUUGCAGGAUCACGAGGUGGUGAUCAAUUGUUCGAUACUCAAGGGGCUCAAAUACAAUCAAGCCACAUCGACAUUUCAUCAGUGGCGUGAUUCCAAAUUUGUCUACGGUCUCAAUUUUUCCAGUCAACAAGAUGCUGAAGCAUUUGCCAGGGCCAUGAUGCAUGCCCUUGAGGUGCUGAGUGGUCGUGUGAUUCCCACGACGGCGCCUCCACAGCCAGGGGUUAAUAGUAGUACGGCUUACGAGGAGGAUAUGGGCUACAGGACAAUGACACGCGAAGAUGCUGCCAUAAUACAGCAACAGCAGCAAAUUGUGGGGCAACAAGGAGUAGCGCCUUCACCACAGACACCCACAACACAAAUUCCACAGAGUCCACCGACACCUCAGGGACAUCACCGUACCAGCAGGUUAGAUUCAUGCGCUCCACCCGCCCCUCAACCACCUCCCAUGGCGCUGGCGCCGCAGAGCUACAACCAGACGGUGGUGCAUCAGCAGCAGCAACAACAGCAGCAGCAGCAGCAGGUGCCGCCAGGUGGUCCGGGUUAUCAGCAGUUGGCGGGCUAUGGUGGGCAACCGGUGCAGAAUUCGUAUGGUGCGUCAUCGAGUGUGAGCCAACAGUUCAAUCAGCAGCCCAUCUAUGUGUCCUCGAGCGGGAAUCAGGUGCCACAGAUACAUCACAUGCAGCAGCAGCAUAGCCAAAAUGGACCAAUCUAUGUGUCAUCCCAGGGUGUUCCAGUACCGCCACCAGGUCUGCCAACAUCCGCUAGCACUACCAAUGUCUACGGUCAGCAGCAGUCUCUGGGUCCGGGAGCCUAUGGGCAGAGCAAUGGUCAAGCUGCAGCGCCCGUGGGCGGAGGACAAGUGCCAAUACCACCUCAAAUGCCACCGCAAGCCCCACCAAUGCCCCCAUCAUUUGGUGGUGGAGUCCCACAGCCACCGGCUCCAGCUCCUCCGGCUCCAGGACCUCCUCCACCGCCACCGCCGCCGGGUCAUGCGGGCGGUGCGGGGAAGAGCGAAGGAGCACCAGCUGGAGGCAUGGAUCUCAGCACACUGGCGGCUCAGCUGCAGAAUGCGAGACUGCGACGGAACCAAAAGACCACCCCACCGCCAGCUGAGAACAGUGGCAGCAGCACCAGUAGCGGCAGUAGUGGCAAUUACGGAACAAUCGGACGCACCACCACGGGAAUGGCAUCAAUGAUGGACGAGAUGGCUAAGACUCUGGCACGAAGACGAGCGCAGGCAGAAAGGAAAGAGCCGGACUCUGACGAUCUCAAUUCGUCGCGAAGACCGUGGGAGAAAUCGAAUACGCUGCCGCACAAACUGGGAAAUGCAGCCGGAGGUGGAAAUUCCUCAUCACCGGGAUCAGGUGGAAUUGGGAGUGGGAAUGCAUCGGGUGGCGGACCGGAAUCACCGCGACCACAACGAAAGCGAUUCGGUAGCGCUUCUGAAGAGACAAUCCUAAAGCAAGUAAAUGGCGACGGACUCUCACUUCCUCUCACAGCGGAACUCGAUAACAUUAAGGCUGAAAUUCUUCGCGAAAUGAGAAUUGAAAUAAAUAAGGCGAAACAAGAGAUUAUAGAAGUAAUUAAAUCAGAAUUCAACCGAAGGUAAAAGAAAUACUUGGAGAGUAUGGAUUAUUGACGCGCUGAAUUCGGACAUAUUGAACAAAAAAAAAGGUAUGUCACAAUAAUUAACUAUUCCUCUCCAUUAUUACUGUAUUAUCUAUUGAAUGUAAUUUAAUAUUCUAUGGUGAAAAUAUGUGAAUCGGUAUUGAAAGUGAAAUGAAACAAAAAAAAAUAAGAACAAUUUUAUAAAGAAGUUGGUGAAAAUUGCAAGAUGAGAAAAAAAACUGACUAAAUGAAUUAGGAUAGAACGUGUAGAUGAAGAAGAAAAAAAGCAUAAAGUAUCUCACAAUUUUUGCAUUCAAUGAUUUAAAAAAUGAAGUAUAAAUGAAAGAAACGUAAAGACAAAGACAUACAGCAUUCGAAAAAAAAAUUAACCAAUUUAGGAAAUAAUAUGUAGAAUUGAAAUAGUAAUUAAAAAAACACGAUAUAGAAUUUUAUUUGGAUAAAUAACAGAUUUCAUAUAUCGAGUAAAAAGUGUCAGUGAAGAAGAAAAAUGAUUGAGGUAAAUAUCCGUUCCCAAAAAAAAUAAUUUCUUUUCAGUAUUCUUUUGUGCAUUUUAUUUUGCGUAUUUGUUUUUUUAGGAAGCCGCAAAAAAGUUUGAUGAAUUCUGAUGAUGAAAUUAGACGGUUUCAGAAGUAACAAAAGAAAAAUGCUAGAUGAAAAAAAAAUUGCUCUAUUUUUUCUCCUCUUUAUUAUGGGGAAUCUCAUUGCAAGUCAUUCCACUGUGAAAAUUUUGAACCAGCAGAAAGAAAACUGCAACAACCAAAAAAGGAAAUAUCUUCCGAAAAAACUGUUUUUUUCUAUUAGGUUGUUUCGCUUAAAAUGACAAUAAGUCUCGUCCUGUAAUAAGAAAAUUCACAGAAAGAGUUCUACUGGACAAAAUUGAUCUUUCUCCAAAAUAAUAACUUAGAAUUGAUUAGAAAGCAGAAUUUUUGGAAAAUUCUAUGGAAAAUUACAUAAGGUCACGCAAAAGCGGAAGAAUUUUAUGGCUUUUUGAAGACUGCUAGUGCUACCACAAACUUCCGUAGAGUGGAUUGUGUUGCUCACAUGAAUUAUAUCGUUAAAAUGAAAACUGUGCAGUACAAACGUGGACUUUAUUUACAAAGACAGAAAAUUGGUGUGAUAACAUCAAUGAAGUUGGUGAAGAAAAAUGUUGCAAAAUGAAUGCUCAUACUCGAUUUCUUCGAUCGACAUCACUCUUCUGCUUUUUGGAACAACUACUCUGAAAAAAAAAACCUGUCAUUUUGACAAAAGAAGUUUGUUGAAAACGCUUCUACACAGAAAAAAAUUCGUUCGUUCGUAAAUGUUCGUAAAAUGUUCGACAGGAAAACAAACAUUUGCGAAUAAAUGAUAUAAUUUUAAGAAUAUUUUUUUGUGUGUUUACGAACAUUUACGAACAAAUGUUUGUAAAAGUACAAAAAAUGUUCGUCAAAUGAUCAUUUUACGAACAAUGUUUGUGAAAAAAGUACAAACUUUUGCGAACUUGUUUGUGGGUUAUACGAUUUACGAGCAUUUUGUAAGUCCCCCAUAGGAAUUCACAAACAUUUACGAAUAUUUUUACAAAAUAUUUUUUUCUGUGUAUACAGAAACGCAAAAAGUUUUGUCAAAAGGAUGAUUUUUCGUUUAAAAUGUGAGAAAAAGUUUUGUUAAAGAUUUACACCGUAAUAUUAUCCAGUAACCCAAUUUCUCGUUUUUUUGAUAAAAAAAUUAGCUCAAGAGUUGAUCGGACUCCUGAAAAUAAAUCUUAUUUUUAUCAAUUCUAACCAGUUCAAAAAAUAUUUUUCCCACACUGAGAGAAAUCCGAAAAAGUCAAAAUAUCAUUCCGAAAAUGUUAAUUUUACCCUGCAGUAUUGAUCCCGAUUUCGGUGUAAAUAUUACCCUUUUUAGGUAUAUUACGGAUUAAAGUUACCCUUUUUCAUGUUGAUUUUACCCUUAAAAAGGUGUAAAACUAACAUUAAAAAAUGUUGAUAUAGUUUUACACCCGAAAAGUGUUAAAGUUAUGACAAAAAAAGUUAAUCUUAGCCUUUUUUCUCAGUGUAUACAAUUACGAAAUAUAUCAGAUUAAUAAGUCAAAAUAUUAUAAGUUACUUUAUUAAAAUUUUUCUGAACCAUAAACUAAUAAAUACAAGGGGUCCCGGGAUUAUGCACAUUUUCGGAAUCGAAGAAAAACACGCAAAAUAGCUUUAUGCAUCCAGAAACGUUGCAUACUCCCAGGAGUUUUCUCUCGAAUAAAUUAUUCGCUUCGCUAUUUAUUCGAAUAAAUUAUUAGCGUUAAUUGUUUUUGAUAAUUCUCGGCGGUAACAGUUCAUAAAAAAUAUUUUUCUAAUUUACGGAAUAAAAAUAUUUGCAUACUUAUAUUUAGGGUGUUCCAAAUCAGUCAUUUUUAUUUUAUCAGCAAUGAAACGGUUAACGGUUUGAACUUAUGAUCAGUUGCUUAAUCCAGAAAUGCAUAAUCGCGGGACCGCCGGUAAUUAAAUUAGAUUGUGACACAUAUCAAUCGUAAAAAAAGCUAUCGUAAAAGAAGCUUUCUAAAAAUCAUAUAGAUUUGUCUACACAGAAAAAAAUAUUUUGUAAAAAUGUUCGUAAAUAUUUGUGAAAUCCUAUGGAGGACUUACGAAAUGCUCGUGAAUCGUAUAACCCACAAACAAGUUCAUAAAAGUUUGUACUUUUUUCACAAACAUUUGUUCGUAACAUGAUCAUUUGACGAGCAUUUUUUGUACUUUUACAAACAUUUGUUCGUAAAUGUUCGUAAACACACAAAAAAGUUCGUGAAAUUUUGUCAUUUGUUCGUAAAUGUUCGACAGGAAAACAAACAUUUACGAACAAAUGACAAAAUUUUACGAACAUUUUUUGUGUGUUUACGAACAUUUAUGAACAAAUGUUUGUAAAAGUACAAAAAAUGUUCGUCAAAUGAUCAUGUUACGAACAAUAUUUGUAAAAAAAAGUACAAACUUUUACGAACAUGUGUGUGGGUUAUACGAGUUACGAGCAUUUUGUAAUUCCCCCAUAGGAGUUCACAAACAUUUACGAAAAUUUUUACAAAAUAUUUUUUUCUCUGUAUAGUAACGCCAUCAAUUUAUUAAUCCCAAGAUUGGUUUGCUGCAUUCACUGCUGACAUUUCAAAAACUCAAAGAUCGGUUUCGAAAGUUAAAGAAGACAUUUUUACUUCUCGUUUCGUCCUCAUGGUGACCGAAGAAUUUCCUUUUCGAAUUUCGAAGCGCAUUGAGUGUCAAAAUGUAUCUGGUUUUGCUUCAUUGUGGGGAAAAUCAAGUCGAUAUCGCUUAAUUCAUUACAAUUUCUCUUAUAUUCACUGAAUUAUAAUUUUAAUAGCUUUUUAGUGUGAUAAUUUGAUAAAUUUCCCUACUUUGUGCGAAAAUUUAAUUUGAAAAUUCGAAAUUGAAUUUAAAUUUUCGAACAUCAACGACUUUUUUGGAGGAUCAAACUCCAGCUGUGAAUGGGCAGAUUUAGUAAUGUUGUAUUUGAUCCAUUUUAUAAUCAUUUCAAAUUUAAUGAAUUCCCAUGACUUAAAGGUUUUGAGCUGCCUGUAAAUCGGAAGUUUGUGUAAUCUUUUCACAUUUUCGUUACAUUUGUGUAAUGGUUUUUACCUAAUAUAAUUCUGCUCUACAGAGCAUUUGAAAUAAAUUUUCUUAUUGGAGGAUAUGCAACAUUUUAUGUGAAACAACCUUAUUCUAUUUUCCUGUAAAGAAGAGAUUUAAAUAAAAAAAUUAGAAGUGAAACAAAGUCAGAAAUACUUCCAAAUAUUGAAAUUGUAGAGUUCAAAUAUAUUUCUUUUGAGAGAAUUAAAUAAAAAAAGAGUAUUUCACCAAAUUGCUGUAAAGUAAAAGAAUUGAAGAAAAAUGAUGAUAAGAACUAUUUCAGUUGAUUCUCUGCUUAAAGUUUAAUGAUAUAAAUUUAUAUUGACUUGAGGAAGAAAAGGAAAGCAUUGCGUAAAAUUAUUUUUAUACAAAUAUGUUGAGAAAAGAAGAUUGAAAGAACAAAAAAAAUGGUAAUAGAGGUGAGUAUAAAUAUUAAUUGCAUAUCAACUGAUAAAAUUUUGAGGAAGAAAAUAAGAUGACAAGUUUUUAGUGAGAAAGUGAAAUUAGCAUGAGAUAAUUUCACGACAGAUUCUAUUAGUCAAAAAAAUUUAAAGAAAAAGGAGAAACUAAAGAAAAGUAAAACGCUGAAGAUGAAGAAUAUGCCAUAAAAAAAUAUUUCGACGGAUGAAAUUAAGUGCGUAAUAUUUGAUAUAUAAUAAUGAAUUAUAUAAAUAAUAAAAAAGCUAUUAUAUAAAAAAUCUACCUUUACAUACUUAAUCUCUAGAGAGAAUGAUAAAAAAAGAGAGAAGUGAGAAAUAAAAUUUACUAACUAAUCCUAUGAUCGAAAUGUAUAAAUAAAUAUCGAUUAUUUGUAAUUGCUUAUGGAGUAUGGAAAAAAAAAUAUGACGAAAAAGGAAGAUAAAUGAGAAAAAAGAAAUAAAGAAAACCAGUUGAUAUAGACAAAGAAGUAAAAGAUAAAAAAAUACGUGUAAAAUAUUAGUUGAUGGAGAAAAAAGCCCAAGUAAAUGAAUACAAUUUUUAUACAAAACAAAAACUAUUAUACAAUUAUGAAAGAAUUUUUUGAUUAAAAAAAAACCUAUAAAUGUAUAUGUAGUGUAAACCAUUAAUCGUUCAUCUGUUUCGCAAUAUUAAAAGCAAAUGACAAAAAAAAAGAGAAAAGAAAAUCUAUCAAAAGUCCGAAAAAAAGUCACAAAAUCACCCAGAAAAGAAAAUUUUUGCAAUUAACUUCCGUCUACCGAUAAAAUAAUUAUCACUUUAAAAAAAAUACAUCCCGAUAAAAAGGAUUGAAAAAAUUGACAAUUAAUAUAUUUAAAUCUUAUCUCUAAAUAAUGUAAAAGGCCUCGUCUCGCGCAUUUUCUAUAAAUAAAAUAUAACUAGUAAAAAAAACAAGGAAAAAUACGAUGUGCAGAAAAUAAUUAAAAAAAAAAAUGAAGUGAAUUCAUUAAUCAAAAUUAUUUUUAAUGCAAAAGAAAUAUAACAUGUAAUAUUAGUUCCAUUGUAAAUACAACAGUUUAUUAUUAUUGAAAGAAAUUUUGCAGUAUUUAAUGUUUAAAUGAGAACAUUUUUGAAUUUUGUAUUUCAGUUUUUUUUUAUAGACAUUUUUUAUGCAAAGAUAACACUCACACACAAAAUGUUAAAGACAUAAGACUUUGCACAGUAAAAUCAACAUAAAUCUUCCAUUUGUCACACAAUGUUUUUGAGUUAAUUUGCCUUCAUUUUUUUUACAUUUUUAUUAUUAAAAAAUGCGAUGAUUUUUUUUUUCAAAGAUAUAUCUUAUUAAAUAUUUCACUCACAUGAAAGCAUAUAUAAAAAAAAGAAACUGACAAGGUGGUGUAAUUUGCAUUGAAAACAAAAAUAUAUUAAAGAAAAAAUACAUUGAAAAAUGAAACGUACGAAAUAUUGAAAAAAUAGAGAUAUUUAAACACACUAAAUGGAAAAAGAAGUAAUAAAAAAAAAACAUAUUAUUAAUAUUUAUUGCUUUUUGGAUAUGUGUACACAUGACUAAACUUACUAUUGAAUAGAGAGAAUAAAUUUGACAAUUUAAAGUAAAAA